AUGACUUGUGCAGCUGAUCUUCAUUUCAAUGAAGAGUUACAAACUUGUGAUUAUCCUGAUAAGGCAGGUUGCGAAGGAAAUCCAGGACCAGGACCCGGACCCGGACCCGGACCAGGACCAGGACCAAGUCCAGGACCAGGACCUUGUCCUCCUUGUCCCAACCCCUGCCCUAAUCCAUGUCCAAAACCAUGUCCAGAUCCAUGCUGCUGCUGCUGCUGCAAUUGCGGUUCAACUACUCCUAGACCAACAACUCCAAGACCAACAACACCAAGGCCAACAACACCAAGACCCACAACACCGAAACCAACAACACCAAGGCCAACAACACCAAGACCAACAACUCCAAGACCGACAACUCCCAGACCAACUCCAUGCCCACCAUGUCCUCAGCCAUGUCCAGAUCCAUGCCCAAAACCUUGUCCUGAUCCCUGUUUUAACCGCCGUCUUCGAUCAAUCGCUUCCAAAUUGUUGAUAAAUAAAAUGAAACAAUUAUUGAUUCUUGCCAUUUUACUUGUCAGCAUCUGUUCAUCGUUUGGUGAUGUGCAUCCUGAAUGUGUCGGAAAACCAUUUGGCAGUCAUGUAAGAUACCCCAAUGUAUGUGAAAAAUACAUUGUAUGUAUAAAUGGUGGCGUAGAGAUGACUUGUCCAUCAAAACUUCAUUUUAAUUUGAAUUUGCAAGUUUGUGAUUACCCUGAGAGAGCAGGAUGUCCAUGUGGGAAAAUACACGCUAGCACAAUGUAUCAAGUUGAAACGGAUUCAGAGGAUGAUUACGAAUGUUUGUUCCUAAAACCAGUUAAUGGUUACAAUAUGGCAGAGAGAAUAAAACAAGCAAAUGAAGAACUAUUUGCAUCUCCUGGUCCUAAAUCACCUUGUGUUUUGCCAAGAAGAGUAACCUUUCGAAGGGUACUCGAAGAUUAUGACGAUGGUGAUGAUAAUAUUAGUAUUGUUAGUGUUGAUAGUAUUGAUGGAACAAAUACCAAUACAAAUCAUGAAGUUAAAAAGAAAAUCUUAAAUCAUAUACCAGAAAUUGAAGAAGAAGAAAAACAAGAAACAAUAACUGAAUCAGAAACUGAAGAAAUUGUUGAAGAAAUUAUUGAAAUUAAAGAAGCUUCAACUUUAGAAACUAAUGAUGAUAUUGAUAAAUUAAAUAAUAAGAAUUUAAUGGAAACGAAUAGACCUAAAUCACCAACAUCACAAUCGACAACAAUCAUUGAAGAAGAAAUUGAAACAUCAAUAAAAAUUCAAGAAAUUCCUGCCACUCCACCAAGUGUAACUAUUGAUAAAACAAGUCCUUCAUCAUCGUUAUCAACAUCAUCAUCUGAUGAUGAUGAUUUAUCAGUAAUUGUUGCAUCAUAUAUUCCAGAAGAUUUUGAAAUUGUUCAAGAAAAAUCAACUGAUGAAAAUGCAAAUGCAUCAUUACCAAAAUAUACUGGUUACUUAUCCGAAUAUGGUUUAAAAGGAAUCUCUGCUGGUAAUACACAAUUAUUUGUUGAUGAAUCGAAAUGUAAACCGUCGCUUACAGUUAUAUUUGUAAUUUUUGUGAUUGAAAAUAUAAGCAACACAUAUGCUUACUCACAUAAAAAAGAUAAUUUAAUUGAUAAUGAAUUAAACAAAACUUUACAUAAGGUACGUCAUGUAUAUCAUAUUACAACAAAUAUUUAUAUUAAUGGGAAUGAUGCUGAUAUAAAUUUUUUAAAACCUAUAAAGCAUCCAAAUUGCCCCGUCAAUGAUGAUCCAAUGAAACCUGUUCAUUUACCUUUCCCCGGAUAUUGUGGUAAAUUUUUCAAAUGUGCAGCUGGAUAUGCAUAUCCAAUGAAUUGUCCAUUAGGUUUAGAAUGGAGCAUUGAAUUAGAUCGAUGCGAUUAUCCGGAAAUAGCCAAAUGUGAUCCUGAAGCGACUACAACUAUAAAAACCACAAGAAAUCCACAUUCUACUACUAAAAUCGAAAAACCAGAAAAACAUCCAAAUUGCCCAGUUGAUGAAGAUCCUGCAUACCCAACUCAUUUACCUUAUCCAGGGAAUUGUGGAAAAUUCUAUAAAUGUGCUAACGGAUAUGCACAUCCAAUGGAUUGUCCAGCAGGUUUAGAAUGGAGUAUUCGAUUAAAUCGAUGUGAGUACCCUGAAAUAGCAAUGUGUAAUCCAUAUGCUACUACCACUUUGAGAACUACAGAAAAUCCAAAGCCUACAACAGAUCCAAUUGAAACUACAACCUCCGAUCAUGAAGAGCCACAUAAACAUCCCAACUGUCCAGUUGAUGAAAAUCCUGCAAACCCUACUCAUUUACCAUAUCCAGGAAAUUGUGGAAAAUUUUAUAAAUGUGAUCACGGAUAUGCACAUCCAAUGGAUUGCCCAGCGGGAUUGGAAUGGAGCAUUGAGUUAGAUCGAUGUGACUACCCUGAAAUAGCAAUGUGCGAACCAUAUGCCACCACUUUGAGAACUACAGGAAAUCCAAAACCUACAACAGAUCCAAUUGAAACUACAACUUCCGAGAAUGAAAAACCACAUAAGCAUCCAAACUGUCCAAUUGAUGAAAAUCCUGCAAACCCUACUCAUUUACCAUAUCCCGGAAAUUGCGGAAAAUUUUAUAAAUGUGAUCACGGAUAUGCACACCCAAUGGAUUGCCCAGCAGGGUUGGAAUGGAGCAUUGAGUUAGAUCGAUGUGAUUACCCUGAAAUAGCAAUGUGUGAUCCAUAUGCUACUACCACUUUGAGAACUACAGAAAAUCCAAAACCUACAACAGAUCCAAUUGAAACUACAACUUCCGAGAAUGAAAAACCACAUAAGCAUCCAAACUGUCCAGUUGAUGAAAAUCCCGCAAAUCCUACUCACUUACCAUAUCCAGGAAAUUGCGGAAAGUUUUACAAAUGUGAUCAUGGAUACGCACAUCCAAUGGACUGUCCAGCAGGCUUAGAAUGGAGUAUUGAGCUAGAUCGAUGUGACUAUCCUGAAAUAGCAAUGUGUGAUCCAUAUGCUACUACCACUUUGAGAACUACAGAUAACCCAAAGCCUACAACAGAUCCAAUUGAAACUACAACUUCCGAGAAUGAAAAACCACAUAAGCAUCCAAACUGUCCAGUUGAUGAAAAUCCCGCAAAUCCUACUCACUUACCAUAUCCAGGAAAUUGCGGAAAGUUUUACAAAUGUGAUCAUGGAUACGCACAUCCAAUGGACUGUCCAGCGGGCUUAGAAUGGAGUAUUGAGCUAGAUCGAUGUGACUAUCCUGAAAUAGCAAUGUGUGAUCCAUAUGCUACUACCACUUUGAGAACUACAGAAAAUCCAAAACCUACAACAGAUCCAAUUGAAACUACAACUUCCGAGAAUGAAAAACCACAUAAGCAUCCAAACUGUCCAGUUGAUGAAAAUCCCGCAAAUCCUACUCACUUACCAUAUCCAGGAAAUUGCGGAAAGUUUUACAAAUGUGAUCGUGGAUACGCACAUCCAAUGGACUGUCCAACAGGCUUAGAAUGGAGUAUUGAGCUAGAUCGAUGUGACUAUCCUGAAAUAGCAAUGUGUGAUCCAUAUGCUACUACCACUUUAAGAACUACAGGAAAUCCAAAACCUACAACAGAUCCAAUUGAAACUACAACUUCCGAGAAUGAAAAACCACAUAAGCAUCCAAACUGUCCAGUUGAUGAAAAUCCUGCAAACCCUACUCAUUUACCAUAUCCAGGAAAUUGCGGAAAGUUUUACAAAUGUGAUCGUGGAUACGCACAUCCAAUGGACUGUCCAGCAGGCUUAGAAUGGAGUAUUGCCUUAGAUCGUUGUGAUUAUCCUGAAAUAGCUAAAUGUGAUCCUUAUAUAACAACAACAUUAAGACCCUCUACACAACAAACUCAUCGUACAGAUUCUUCAACACUUUAUCCAGAUGAAGAUAAACCUUUCAGGCAUCCAGCAUGUCCAAUAUUUAUUGAUCCUGAACAAGAGAAACAUUAUAUAAUAUAUUUACCAUAUCCUGGUAGAUGUAACAAAUAUUUUAAAUGUGCACAAGGUUACGCUAUUCCAAGAAAUUGUCCGAGUGGUCUUCAUUGGAGCAUAAAACAUUCUCGUUGUGAGUGGCCAAACAAAGCUAAUUGUACGGAAAGUGCUCGAUCAUUUAUUAUUGGAUUUGUAGCUGUCUUAGCUACUGUUAAUGCAACGACAUUAUAUAGCCCAAUACGACAUCCGGAUUGUCCAAUUGAUGAAGACCCUUUUGAUCCGACACAUCUUCCAGUACCAGGGGAUUGUACGAAAUUUUAUAAAUGUGAAAGUGGUUUAGCAUAUUUAAUGGAUUGUCCAGCUCGUUUACAUUGGAGCGUAUAUCAUAAUCGUUGUGAACAUCCAGGUUUAGCAAUUCCAAAAUGUAAAACACCAAACAAAAUUCUAAUUAAAAACAUUUUAUUAGAUAAAAUUGCAAUCGCAGUUGAAGCUCCUAUUCGUCACCCAGAAUGCCCAUUAUAUGAUGAUCCAAUGAAUCCAACAUUAUUAGCAUAUCCAAAAGAUUGUAAUAAAUUUUAUAAAUGUUCUGAUGGUUUAGCUUAUCCACAAGAUUGUCCAGCUGGUUUAAAUUGGAAUGAUAAAGCUAAGAUUUGUGAUUGGCCUAGUCUCGCUAAUUGUGUACCAAAAAAAAUUCUAGCCAAUUUCCAGCAAAUCAAAGAAGGCGAAAAACCAAUUAAACAUAAAGACUGCCCAGCAAUGGAUGAUCCAGGACGACCAAAACAUUUACCCUAUCCAAAUAAUUGCGCGAAAUUCUAUAAAUGCUCAUAUGGUUUAGCUUAUCCAAUGGACUGUCCAUCAGGUGAACAUUUCGGUGUUGAAAUUGAUAGAUGCGAUUGGCCAAAAGUUGCAAAAUGUGAUCCUAACAUAGAUCCAGAGCCUACAACUGAACCUCCAACAAGCGAAACCACAAGUGAACCUACAACAACUGAAUCUACAACAACUGAAUCUACAACAUCCGAAACUACACCUGAAUCUACAACAGCUGAAUCUUCAACUGAAACUACAACACCAACUACUACCGAAUCAACAACAUCAACUACUCCUGAACCAUUACCACCAGGUAUUGAUUGUAGUAAUGUUCCACAUGGCACACUUUAUCCACAUCCAGAUGAUUGCCAAAAAUUUGUUCAUUGCGAUAACGGAGUAGGGAGAGUUAAAAAUUGUCCCGGAAUUUUGCACUUUAACCCAGUUCUUUUAGUUUGUGAUUGGCCCCAAGUUGCUGGUUGCAAAGUCAAUCCGUGAAAAUUAAUGAAUAAAGGAAUUAUAAUUUAAUCUUCACAAUUAGAAAACUAAAUAAAACCAAUAAAUAAUUUUCCUAAA